AUGAAGUCCGUCUUUGAUCCGGACGACCAAGUCGACGUGGCCGACCUGGGCCGUCGUUUGUCCACGCUCUCGAACAACUCCAAGCACGCCUUCACCUUGAACCAGGUCCAGCGCGUGAAAGUGUGCGCCACGUACGACCGCGAAGACGGAGACGGCGCGACGGUGUACGUACUAGACGUCUAUCUGCAGUACGUCCAACGCGGACUUCCCACUACUCCUGGAGAGACGACGAGUGAACGGAGAUCGCGACUGCAACAAGAGAAGGAAGAAGCCGAACCAGAAUACCAGGUCGAGCAUCGCUACUCGGCGUUUCGAGAGCUUCGUAAGCGAGUCACCGCUAUUGUACACGACCGCAAGCACAUGCAAUGGUGCGCUUACUGUAGUCGCGUGACGUGGAUCACCUCAGUCGAAGGCUUCCCGUCCAGGUUUCCGAAUCGUGGACGCUGGGCGGUGUAUACAGGCUGGCGACGGUUGCUGAUUCACAUGAGGAAGAGGAAACUCGAACGCUUCGUGAACCAAAUACUACGUGCAGCGAAGGACUUAUCCUAUCGACGAGGAGGUGGACGGUGCCAGAGAUUCAUCGAAGUCUCGGAAAUACUUAAUACCUUCCUAAUGGACCCAGAUCUGCGUCCCGAAGGCUGCGUUUGGUGA